AAAAUUCUUCGGAAGUGGAGUUCAAUACAUUCAAUAAUCCACCAUUAUUAUAAACAAACCUGCAAGCUCUCUCCAACAUCUUCUUAUCUUUUUCUUUUUCUUUUUUUUUUUCUUUUUUUUCACAAGAUAUAUAAUUUUAUUGAACAAACAAACAUUACAUGGGGUAUGGAAUACCCAACAACAGAAAAAGUACAGAAAUGUAUUAGGCCCAACUAAGCCCAUUAGAGAAACCACCUAUGGAAGAAGAAAAUUUAUCUUUUGUCUCUAUCCAAAACCACGUGUCUUCAAUUGGUGAGAAACCAAUACACGUAUUGGAUGAGAAUCUAAAGUUUUGACUUCAUCCUUCGCCGUCAAGCAUCGACUCCGGUGAAGAUUCAACGUCGACCAACAAAUCAAACAUGGAAUCUUGUGGGUUUUCACCGGUAAAAACAAUCGAAACUCUGAUUAAAGAAACAACAGCUCAAGGCAAUGUUAAUAUGCGACGGAAACCACUUUUGUUCUCAACUCAAAUCUCUAAUUGGAUUCCUGCAAUUCCAAACUCAAAAGGAAAAACAGGUUGGAUAAUAAGCAACCAAAAGCGAAAUCGCUUUAAUCAUUAUCACCAACACAUCUCACAUGAGAUUUAUUGAAAGCAAAACUAAUUUAUGAAAAACAAAACAAAAAGCAGCAAAGGAGCGCCGACGGCAAAACCGACCAUCAUCGCUUUGAAAGUCGAAUGAUGCCGGACAAGAGCUGGCCAACACCGAAAAGAACUGGUAGUUGCCAGAUGAUAAUCCCUAUCGGGAGACGGAAACCGGAAAGAAUUCCGGACGGCAAGAGAUUGUUCAGCUUUCUCUCUCUUUGAAAAAUUUGAGAGAGAGAAAAGAGAGAGAAAGCUAUUGGGGUUUCAUCCCAACAUCUUCUUAUCUACUAUAGAAUUUAAGAGUAAUACAGCAAAUUCGAGAUAUUAAAGA